CCAGGUUAGAUGGUUUAUGUUUAUGAUUUAGUUUGUCGUUGAUGUUAUAUUUCUUAUUGUUUCAUUGUAAAAUUGUUAUAUCAAAUAAGUAAAACGUAUUAGUUUUUGGUGAGGUAAAUUAUGUGAAAUAGUUUAUUUAUUAAUUGUAUUUAAAUUCAAAAUGUUCCGAAAUUACUUAGCUAACACUAAAGAAGACGACAAUGGAACUGAAAAUUGGUCAUAUCCUGCUGGUUAUGAAAGAUUUAAUUCAGCGAACAUACCAAGAGGUCGUUUGGGAAAAAGAAGAACUAUUAACCCGUCAACUGAAAUAAAGAGAAGUACUUUAAAUGGAGUAUCUUCAGAAAACAGAAGUGAUAGAGGUGACUUAAAAAACUUUGGUAGUAAGACAUCAUGUUUAACCCAUCCAGUGAAUUCUUUUUUAACGCCGAAUUACAAGAAAAUAGAUAAUGGGCUGGAAAGAAAUUGUGAUGGAAGUAUUGAGAAUAGACCCCUUGAUUUUAAUGUUGGAAAUUCAAAUUCUUAUAGAAUUCCUGGCUCAUAUCCUUUACAAGAAGUCAAUAAUAUUAUUAAUGACAAUAAAAUUUUGGGUAUUGACAAACUAUCAAACAUAUCAGGUCCACUACACCAAGAUCCGCAACAGUCAGAUGUUAAAGUAACUCAAAAUAAUAGUUAUGAAGAUGAAAAAGGACAGAGGAUUGCACACAAUUUUUCUUCAGAAGAAUGCACACAGCAUUAUACUUUGUCAUCCAAUAAUGGUACUGUAUUUAGUGACUCAUCCCAAUCUGAACUUUGUAAUAAUUCCAGCUUUAUGACAGCACAUGAUUAUAAUUUUGAGAAAAACCAAAGCUACCAUCAUGACUACAUGAAAACUCCUGGAAAAGGAUAUGGUUUGUUUGACAUGGUUACUUCUCCUUUAGUUUCCCUUUCAGGAAAUACUGAUGAUGAUAAUGACAGCCUUCGAAAGUUUUUAGUAAAAACGCCUGCAAUAGGGCGUUAUGACCCUUUAAAUACACCUUACAGAUCCCAAAUAAAACAUGAUUUAUUUACACCUUUUAAAAGUAAAAUCCAUACUCCUAGAAAUGAUAAGCAACUAGAUAGUGUAUCUGAAAAGAAUGUUGAAUUUGAACGAUCUGAAGAUAGUAGUCAAGAAUUUGUAUCGAGGUUAGAAGAUAGUUUAAGAACUGAUUGCAGUAUUAAUUCAGGUAAAAAAUUAUGUUGUAGUGAUAAUAAUGAUAAAAUAGAGACUUCAGCUUUAAUUGUAGGAAUGAAUUCAACUCCUUUACCUAUCGCUAAUGAUUUUAAAAGGAAAAAUAUUUCUGAGUUGAACAAACAACCACCUUCAGUUGAAAAAUUAGUGAAAAGACAAAUAUUUGAAGGUCUUGGUUGGACAUUGCCACAUUCAUCAUUUGCAAUUCAAUCUCCUAUUAAAGAAACACCUUCAACUGUUGUUAAGAAGAAUAUUGAUCCAAAAAAUGAUUUAUUACCGAUCAUUGGACCUGAAUUUCAACCAAUGUUUGAUAUUUUGAAUCAACCUUUAUGUUUGAAUAAAGUAAGUACGGAUUCUUUGUUACAGUCCAAAUCAUUUGAUCAUAAGACUGAAAAUCAAUCACAAGAUUCUAAAUCUAUUUCAUCUAUUGACAAUAAAGUCACCUAUUCCAGUGAAGGAUCUCUUGCUCAGGAAGAUGUUACCAUGAGAUCUCCAAUUAUAGAAGAACCAAUAAAUCUUCCCAUUCAUAAUAAUGUAAAUAAUACAUGUAAAUUAAAUGAUUGUUCUGACGAACCAGAUUCCAGUACACCACGUCUGAAACACUCUUCAACGACAGAUAAUACUAUGAAAUCAUCAUCAAAUAAUGUCUUACUAAAUGAAAAUGAAUGUACUGUUGUUAUGCAUCCUAAAGACGAACGGAAAAAUGAAAAGAUGGAAUCCAAUGAAACUAUCAUCUUGAAGCAGUCAAGUCCACCUAAAGUCCCUGACAAAAAAUCAACAAUUGAGGGCCUAAAUAAUAGGAAACCAGAUACAAAAACCAAACCCGAAUGUUUCAUUGAAAAUCCUAUAUUUGCAUGUCAAAGGCAGAUAAUGAGAUCACCUCAAGCUAAUAUUACUGUUAAUGAGAAGCCGUAUACUGUACUGAGUAUGCUUGGAAGAGGUGGUUCUAGCGAAGUCUAUCUGGUUUUGGAUCCAAAUAGUUCAAAAUUGAUGGCCUUGAAAGUUGUUAACCUGUCGUCAGUUGAAGAUGCAGUUGCCAAAGGUUAUCUAAAUGAAAUUGAAGUAUUAUCAAAAUUACAAGGCUGUCCUAGUGUGAUCAAAAUGUUUGAUCAUGAAUAUAUUUCUGAAAGUAAAAUACUUUAUGUAUUAAUGGAAAAGGGAGAUACUGAUUUUUCAAGACUUAUGAAAGAUAUAACCAAAACAAAGAAAAUAUCGAUGUCUAUGAUAACAUAUUAUUGGACAGAAAUGUUAAAUGCAGUUAAAGAUAUUCAUGAUAAAGGUAUCAUACAUUCUGACUUAAAACCAGCCAAUUUUCUCUUAGUAUCCGGUAGGCUGAAACUAAUUGAUUUUGGGAUCGCAUCUUCUUUGCAAGGGGACAUGACAAGUGUACUAAAAGAUGUCACCACUGGCACUUUCAAUUACAUGAGUCCUGAAGCUAUUCGGAACUCAGGAGAAACAAGGGGCUACAAGAUUAACUACAAAUCAGAUAUAUGGUCAUUAGGAUGUAUACUAUAUAAUUUGCUUUAUGGACGCACACCUUUUUCACAUUUGACAAACACCUGGACUAAGUUGCAAGCAAUAGCAGAUCCGGAAUCCGCUGUAAGCUUUCCUUCUGGGUCAGCUGCCCCUCCCCAUCUUCUACUCUCUGUCAGGUGGGCAUUAACUAAAGAUCCUAAAGACCGACCAACUGCAGAGGAAUUACUUAGAUUGGCUGAAUUUACACCUGGCCCUGAAACUCAGUUAGGGAGGCAAAUUUCUGCUCUUCUCGGCGAAUAUUUAUUACAGAUGUUCCCCAAUUGUCGAGUAAGAUUAGAAAAUCCAAAAGAUAAAAAACAACAAAAUAGUCUUCAGUGAAAAGUCUAGUAUUAUUUUUAAUUGUAUAUAUUAUUGUACCAUAUUCGAAAAGAUUUUAUUAUAUAGUGAAAUAUCUUUUAAAUCAAC